GAGGACGAAUGUGUCAGCUGGGUUGGUAGGAGAAAAUGGCGAUUUUCAGUGUGUAUGUUGUGAAUAAGGCAGGUGGAUUAAUUUAUCAGUAUGAUAAUCAUGUUCCUAGAACCGAGGUCGAGAAGACCUUCAGUUUCCCCCUGGAUUUAAUCUUGAAGAUUCACGACGAGAAGGUUAUAGUCUCGUUCGGUCAGCGGGAUGGUAUCAGAGUGGGACAUGCUGUGCUGUCGAUCAAUGGCGUUGAUGUGAAUGGCAAGUUUACAGCGGAAGGCAAGGAAAUCCUUGAGUACCUUAAAGAGCCAGCCAACUAUCCUGUGUCAAUCAAAUUUGGCAGGGCUCGCCUGAGUUCUAAUGAAAAGUUGAUGCUUGCGUCAAUGUUUCAUUCGCUGUUUGCAAUUGGCUCCCAGCUGUCACCAGAGGCUGGCAGCUCUGGAAUUGAGAUGUUGGAGACUGAUGCCUUCAAACUGCACUGCUUCCAGACACUCACAGGUAUAAAGUUCAUUGUGUUGGCAGACCCCAGACAGUCAGGUAUUGAUGCGCUGUUAAGGAAGAUAUAUGAAAUCUACUCAGACUUUGCACUGAAAAAUCCCUUCUACUCUUUGGAGAUGCCAAUCAGGUGUGAACUAUUUGACCAGAAUCUGAAGGGUUCAUUGGAGGUUGCAGAGAAAGCCGGUACCUUUGGGCCUGGUUCUUAAACUGAACGAGGAACUGAGAAGGGUCAAAUACCUCAGACUUCACACAGGAAGCGUUGGCAUACCUUCAGUCACAGCACACGCCUCAUCUCCAUCCUGUGGUUCUUCUCAUCAUCAUGGAUUUUAAUUUUCAUUGUUGGGAAAGAUGGCAAGAACUGGCUGGGAACUUUUCAAUGGCAGAUUUGUCCUUCAGAUUUUGUGAAAUUUUCUUGACAACGUUAAGGUGCAGUGUUGCCUAGUUAAGGUGUGCUCCCCAUCAUUGUGUCCUUGUUUUGUUCUGAAGGUCGACACAUACAGUCUGUCAAUGUUUGUACUGAGGAUUGCUUGUGUCGAAAGGUUUGACAUAUUUUGUUGCUUAUUUCAAGCUAUUUCACUGUAAAUACUGCAUAACAUUCUGUCACUUUUGUACAUAAUAUAAAUAAUAUGUCUGCAGUC